GGAAGGAAGUUCUUCAGGAAAUUUUGUUCCUGGAUUACUGUUGCUCGUGAAUUUUGUAUCCAUUGUGUAGUGUGAAUUUGGACUGUUUUUGCUUCUCUAUUCGAUCCAGGAAGAGCUUAUUGAAUCGAUAGUUCGUGACUUGAUUAAUUGCUCGUUUUGCUGUCUGUUUAUGAAGUAGAGGACAAGGAAACGUAUAUGCUGCCAUAAUUGGUAGAUUCUGUGAAUACUUUUGCCGAUACUCUCAUCGUGUAUUCGAUUUGGGAGUAAAUUUCGUCUCUCAGGAAUCCCCAACCUUAUCCUGAUCAGGAUUCUUUUACCACUUCAAUCGUAAUGAACGAAGCACUUUGAAAUUGGACUUGGAUAGUGCAUUUGCAAGCAUUUACUGAACAACUAAUCGCGGAUGAGUCGACCCCAAGUUAAGCGUAGAGUUGGUAAGUAUGAGGUUGGGAGGACAAUUGGCGAGGGAACAUUUGCCAAGGUCAGAUUUGCUAGAGAUUCGGAGACUGGGCAGCCUGUGGCCAUCAAGAUUCUUGAUAAGGAGAAGGUUUUGAAGCACAAGAUGGCUGAACAGAUUCGACGGGAGAUAUCAACCAUGAAAUUGAUCAAACAUCCCAAUGUCAUCCAAUUGCAUGAGGUAAUGGCGAGCAAGACAAAAAUAUUUAUUGUUCUGGAAUAUGUGACCGGGGGGGAGCUCUUUGACAAAAUUGUGAACCAUGGAAGGAUGCGAGAAGAUGAAGCUAGAAAGUAUUUCCAGCAGCUUAUUAAUGCCGUCGACUAUUGCCAUAGCAGGGGAGUCUUCCAUAGAGAUCUAAAGCCGGAAAACUUGCUACUGGAUGCUGCUGGAAACCUCAAAGUUUCCGAUUUCGGGUUAAGCGCUCUGUCCAAACAAGUUGGGGAGGAUGGUUUAUUGCAUACUGCCUGUGGAACCCCAAAUUAUGUAGCUCCUGAGGUCCUUGAUGAUCAAGGUUACGAUGGAGCAACUGCAGACUUAUGGUCAUGCGGGGUCAUACUUUUUGUAUUGCUCGCAGGUUACUUGCCUUUCGAUGAUACUAAUAUUAUGAACCUAUAUAGAAAAAUAUCUGCUGCCGAAUUCACUUGUCCUCCUUGGCUUUCUUUCGAGGCCAUGAAGCUCAUCACUAGAUUGCUUGAUCCAAAUCCUCUUAAACGCAUAACAUUCCCGGAAAUCUUAGAGGAUAAGUGGUUUAGGAAAGGGUACAAACCAGCUGUAUUUGACGAGAAAGAAGGGAAUUGGGAUGAUGUGGAUGCAGUGUUUAAGGAUUCCGAGGAAUAUCAUGUAAUGGAGAAAAAAGAGCAUCAGCCAGCUGCAAUGAAUGCCUUUGAGCUAAUUUCCAUGUCGAGAGGGCUCAAUCUCGGGAAUUUGUUUGAUGGAGAACAGGGGUACAAGAGGGAAACAAGAUUUACAUCUAAAUGCCCGGCUAAUGAGAUAAUUAAAAAGAUCGAACAAGCUGCAAAACCCCUUGGUUUUGACGUCCACAAGAAUAAUUACAAGAUGCGGCUUGAGAAUUUAAAAGCAGGAAGAAAAGGCAAUCUCAAUGUCGCCACUGAGGUUUUUCAAGUAGCUCCGUCCUUGCACAUGAUAGAGGUUAGGAAAGCAAAAGGCGAUACUUUGGAGUUUAACAAGUUCUAUGAAAACCUGUCGACUUGUCUCCAAGACGUGGUUUGGAAGACCGAAGAGGAUAUGCAAGAAACGAAAUAGAUGUGUAUGAAUGUAAAGAAAAAGACAGACAUGUCUAUAGGUUUGGUGUUUCUUCAUUCUUUGGUUUCAUUUGUGUCUCUCUAAUGGGUACUUUUAAUUCCCUCUCCCAUGAGAAAAAUGAAUAACGAUCGACGACGCUAAUCGAGGGAUAUCUUCUAAUCUUGUAAGACUUUGGUGUAUUUUUGUACGUCAUUUUUGUACUAUUAAGUAACAAAAAACACAUUUGAGCAUAA